AGUUGUUUUAUCUACCAGUAUGCUGAUCGCAAAGCAGCGGAUCAUUUGGCUGUUGGUACUCUUACUACACACCAUCAGUUUUGGUAUCGGUGUAGAGUUGACAGCGACCCCAUCCCCUGUCUCAGAGGGAGGAUCACUCACCCUGACGUGUUCGGUGACGGGGAACAGCUCUGUGUUUGCCUCAUUUAAUUACGAGGAUGGGAGGUCUAUUGGAAUAGGACAACUAUCAGGAGGACAGUGUUUAGAUGGUAGUACAGCCCAGCCCUGUAACCAGCAGUGUAACUGUACCACAGACGGUAAAUCCUUCUCCGUGACCAUCUCCAGUGUGACCAGAUCAUGGGACAAGGCACGAAUCAGAUGUCUGGUCGCCAACCCAACAGCUACAUACAGCGAUAUCAUCGUAGUCAGCGUGAUAAACCCUCCAACAGGAACCUUGAUUGUGGCGCCAUCUGGUACUCAAUCUGUCCUGACAGGAACACAAGUAACACUCCAGUGUCAGGUAGGGGGAGGUAACCCUCUGGCUACACUGACAUGGCAAUGUAAAGGGUCACCAGUGACUGGACAGGAUCUGACCAAUACCACCACAGCAGUGUCCAGUCUGACAUUUACAGUGGACAGUACCUACCACCAACAACAGUGUGUGUGUACCGCCGGACACCAGGCCAGUCCUAAUGGACAGUUUGGUACAGUAAGCGUCGCCUUUAAUAUUCUCUAUGCACCGACUGUGGAGACAUUUGCUAUACACUACACCUCACCAUUUUACAAGGGGGAUAAUGUAUAUAUUGACUGUAAGAUUGAUGGAGGUAACCCCCUGGCUACUUUGUCCUGGACCUGUGUGGACCAAUCAAAGGAGACCUCCACUAAUAUGGACACCAAAGGUCGGGCUGUGAGCAGGCUAACUAUCACAUCUAUUACAGAAGUCUACAACAGCAGGCAGUGUACAUGUACAGCAACACACCUAGCGCUGUCUCCAAGUCUGACCAAAUCUGCUGUUAUCACUGUGUAUUGUAAGUAUUAUGUACAUGUAGGACUGUCACCAAGUCUGACCAAAUCUACUGUUAUCACUGUGUAUUACCCACCGAGUACCCCUGCUCUAGCUGUUGACACAACCAAUGGCGGGACACUACCGUGGCUGGACAGACCGACAUUUACCGGUAUCCUAACGUGUACAACAACAGCGGGGAAUCCCCCUACAACACGGAUAUCAUGGUACAACAAUGGCGUCAUAGAUCCUGGCCAAUCAGCGAUAACGAGGAGGUUUGACCCACCAGACAAGGAUUAUAACGGACAUACCUUUACCUGUAGGGCUGAUAACAACUACACAGACACCAAGGAUACCAGUGUAGUGUCUAACGGGCUGGUACUGGAUAUUGAAUAUGACCCAAUCAUUACACUUGACAAGUCUACAGCCUACAUCAACGAGAGCCAGAGUUUCAGUAGGCCAUGUUCAGCAGAAGGUAAUCCCUCUCCAGCUGUGUCCUGGUACCGUGACACGACACUUGUCCAGUCACACGGGACUCUCCAGUUCUCCAGGACAGACCGACAGGACUCGGGGACCUAUACAUGUACCGCCACUGCACGUUCUACUAACGGCAACAUCUUACUGCAGUCUACGAAACUCUUUAAUGUUAUCAUUCGAUAUGGUCCAGAUGUCAGCCUUGUUAUCACUAACACCACAGAAAACACAACAAAUGUCCAUGUGGUUUGUACAGCUAACGGGGUACCUGACCAGUACACAUACAGGUGGACACACAUGUUCGGAUCUACAGUGAUUAGGGACACGUUUGACCAGGUGACUAGUUCAGGGUCAGUUAGUACACUUUCCAUUCCUAGAAUGACUUACGAGGACAUGGGGACGUAUGUGUGUGAGGUGGACAACGGAUUCAGGGGGAGAGAUGGAGAGGUUGUACAGAAACGACAGGGAUUCCUAUCUGUGCAAGGCAGUCCAAAAAUAAUCGGAGCACAUGGUAAAUAUGUCGCUGAAAAGGACAAUAUUUUUGACAUCAACAUAACCUACGUAAGUUUUUCUGCGCCCGUUAAUACGACAAUAUUGCGACCAGACUCCACUUUACCUCCUCAAAGCGAACUUUCUAUCACCGUCUCGUCGGUUCCAGUGACAGUUGCAUUCUAUAACAAGGAUGUUCCUGUUGACGGUUACAUGGUAAACUUACACUUCAGCAAGUUCGAAUCCAAGCACAGAGGACAUUACCGGCUGUAUGUCAGGAAUAUAUUUGAUGAUCGUGAUUACAACUUCGAAAUCAUCAUUUCAGGGAGACCAGAGCCGCCGUUAAAACUAGUGAUAAGUCAAAUCACAUCUCAUAGUGCAGUUGUGUCAUGGAAUCCUGGGAACGACCACGAUAAUGCUGAAACGUUCACAUUGACUUACCAGGAGCACAACGGACUCUCGACUACUUACGUUACUCUAGACAGAACAACCACAGCUUUUACGAUUGAACAACUGCUGCCUUCAACACAGUAUGAUGUGUCCGUAUUCGCCGUCAACGAUGAUGGAACAAGUGAAGCCCUAUCGGGGGCAUUUGUAACGCCACAGGAAUCAAGUAAUACUGGUGUCGCCCUUAUAUCAGUCGGAUCCGCGAUGAUCCUGUUGAGCCUAUUCGUGUUUGCUGUAACGCUAUUUAUGCUUAGAAGAGGACGUUUGCCAUAUACGAAACAGAGAGAAACAAACAAAAGCUCAUUGACACGUAAGACCGAUAGACAAGUGGAAACAGGUGGAUUCGGACAACAGGGAUAUGAGGACCUCAACUUGGAACAAAUCGAGCCACCGACCUUGUAUGACGAAGUUUCUAAUAAUGCACUGGACAAUUAUAACAAUGCGGCUGGCCAAGAAAGUAACACAUACGAAGAUCUACAAAGAAAAUCAGAAGCAAAUCCGUAUGCAGACAUUCCGCCAAAACCAGGUACUGGAUUGGAUCGUUUGUACGUUAAUACCAGCAUAGACUGAAAAACCUUUCAGGCCUGAUGGAGACACAGUUAACGACUGAAACAUACGAUUCUUCAUUUUAGAAGGAAAUAUUUCUUUUAACGUUCAAUCGUAUAUGUUUUAUCUGUACUUAAACAAAGCUCCAAGUGAUUAACCAGUAAUCCCAGUAUAAUAACGUAUAUUGCACAGCUUAAUCCGUUUACUUCCGAACUUCCCAACUUACAUCAAACGGAUGCCUGUACGAAAAAAGUCAACAGAACCUCCCGGGUGUGGAAUAGUCUCCAUUAUGACUUCCAAAUAAUUGGAGAGAGAAAAAAGAAGAAUUCAUGAGGCUGGUCCUUACAUGGGAUAGUCCCCAUCUACCUUUGCAAUAUCUGUAAAGAGUAACACUUCAUAGUGUGCCAUGGCUACCUCUGCCACCUGGCAUUUUGAAUUGUAAAUACUAUUGUUAUUUUAUUUCAUUUCGUUAUUUAUCAAUCCUAUUCGACAUUUUUGAAGCAUCUUAUUCUUAUUUCAAUUCCACACAUUUCUAAAACACAACUUUUACAGAACUUGACAAAUUCGCCUUAAUUGAUUUCGGUAUUUUUUUAUUUCACACUAUAUUAAUGUGUAUUCCACUUCAUAGUGCUUUACUAUCCAAUGUACUAAGUGAUUUUCGUGUAAUAUACAAGUAUACACUAUAAACUUUGUCUUUUAUUGACUUAUUUUGAAUACUCCUUUAUGGGAUCAUAUUUAUUGCUGAUUAGUUUGAUUAAUAACUUUCGUAUUCAUAUUCCAUGUCCAGGGGACCUUGGUAGGAAGGGGACUCCCAAUCACUUAGAAACCUGGUAAACAUGCUUUCUUUUUUGUAAUAAUUAUUGUUUUUUAUUUUUUAUUAAUAUUCAAACCCCUUUGAUAAUAACGUACAUGUGAGUAUCUCCCUCUACUUGUGAUACAACGUGUUAUUGUUAGUCCCCCACCGGUUCCUGGGGGGACUAAAGGUAUGCACUACGUCCGUCCGUCCUUCCUUCCGUCCUCCCGUCUUUCCAUCCAAGAAGUUUGUCCGGGACAUAUCUUCUAUACUAUUUCAUCUUGAGUAACAAGAUUUGGUGUACAAGGCCAUCUU